AUGAUCACAACCACAUCGACGAAAUACAUCCUCGUAACUUUAACUAUUCUGGAUUUAUUCAACACAGUUGUUGCAUCUUCAUCAGAGGUCAGAACUCAAAAAGACUUGAUAAGCGACCUAUACAAGAAUGGUUUUAUAAAAUCUUGGACUGUUAAACAAGUGAUGACUCUUGUUGACCGUCAAUUCUUUGUUAGGCAAAACCCAUACGAAGAUAGUUCACAACCAGUCGAAUAUGGUGCAAGAAUCGCUGCGCCAAGAACGCAUGCACGUAUCCUGGAUGGUUUAAUCGGUCAUCUCAAGCGAGGUGUGAAAGUUUCGUGUGUUUUGUGCGACAGUGGAUACUUAAUAGCAUGUAUGGCUGUUCUCGUCACUGCUAAAGGUAUAGUUAUAGGAGUUCAAACUAAUCUUGCCUUGACCAUUAUAAAUUAUGAGAAUAUUGAAAAAUGGGUUGCAAAUACUGAUCGUGUGAAAUCAUUUGGUUUUAAAAAACAUGUACCAUUCCUACUUUUCACUCGUGAUCACACAAGUAAAUAUGUGCCCGGUGAAGGACUUGAUGCGAUUUACUAUCAUGGAGAUGAUCCACGUACCUUGAAAGUAUUACAGGAUCGUUUGAGACCCGGUGGUCGCCUGAUUUAUGAAAAAAGUACUGGAAGCGAUGAUCCUGAAUUAAUGGUGGUAGAUAAAUUAUCCAACGGCUCAUUGUAUGAAAGAUCACUGACUGAUGUGAUGAUGGAAUCUGCUAAAGAAGAAGAAGUCAAAGAAGGAGAAAGGGAAGAAUCGGGAGGUGUGGAGGAUUUAUUGCCGCCUCGACCUGUUCUCCCUGGGUAA